AUGUAUGAGUUGAGACAAAAGUGUCGUUUUGAUGGCAAUUGUAUUAUUGACGUGAAGUCACGGAAAAAUUGUAUGACUUGUCGGAUGAAAAAGUGUAUUAAAAUGGGAAUGAAAAAAGAAUUUGUUAUUAAUCAUAAUCCGAACGACUCGGAGAAUACAAACAUAUCUGAUUCAAUUAGCGAUACGACCAGUAGUUUAAGUAAUAAUACAAUCAGUUUAAGUAACGAUACUUUUGAUGAAAUUAUCGGUGAUAAUCAGUCAAAUGAAGUGACGAUAUAUAGUAAUAGCAGGUUUAGUGAUUUGGAAACAAACAGAUUAACCGAGGUGGUUGUGUCGGCACAAUUGGCGCUCAUUAAGUACGGCUGUAUGGAAAUACUUGUACUCCGAUAUUCAAUACUUGACUGGGCCGGGAAUCGUACCGAGCUUAUCACACUCAGAGUCGUAGACGCUAACCACUGA